AUGGCCACAUCCCUAGUUCCACAGCCCCCGAAAAUCAAACUCAACUCUCUCUUCAUGUUGAAAAUUAACGUCUCAAACACAAAGCUAGGGGCCAACUUUGACGUGGCCUUCACAAUAGAGAACCCUAAUCUAGUCUCGUGGAUUCACUUUGACCGCAUAGAUGGUUCGAUUUCUUACAAAGAUAACGCUCUCAUGACAUACUCGUUGGACCCUUUCGUACUGGGAUUGAAGGAACAUAGAAUGAUGCGAGUGAAGAUAUCCGCGAAUGGAUUACAGGAAGAUCAGCCGGUUGUGAAGGAGAGGGUUUUGGAAGAAAUCCAUAGGCAACGUGAAGAUGGUGCUGUGAAUUUCAGCCUGGAAAUGUUUGCACGGGCUACGUAUAGGACCGGUUGGUGGGGGACAAAGUCUGUUUUAAUGAACCCUCAAUGUUUGGAUUUGAGGGUUGGCUUCUUGCCUAAAGUUGGGUUCGGAAGCUGGAUUAGUGGAGGGCCUAUGACUUGCGCAGUUCCCAUGCUAAUUGACUAA